AUGUACGGUUACGAUUCUGCGUUCAUCGGUGGCACAUUGAACCUUCCAUCGUUUCAAAAAACCUAUGGCCUCGCGUCUGCAACUAAGCAAGCCAAAGCCAACCUCUCAUCAAACAUUGUCUCCACGUUUCAGGGAGGAGCCUUUUUUGGGUGCGCUGUUGGCUUCUUCCUAGCCGAGAGAUAUGGCCGACGGCCCAUUAUUAUGCUGUCUGCUCUCAUCUUCGCCAUCGGUUCCAUUCUCCAGAUGCUUGGACGCUUGGAUUGUUUGUACGUUGGAAGAGUUUUGACCGGCUGGGGAGUUGGAUCCAGCUCCAUGAUUCUGCCCAUCUACGUGUCAGAGUGUUCGCCCGCUCUGAUUCGCGGUAGACUUGUGGGAACCUUUGAGAUCAUGCUGCAGGUUGCCCUUGUGUUCGGCUUCUGGGUCAAUUACGGAGUGAACAAGAACAUCAGCGCCGACACAUCAAGGCAGUGGCACAUCCCUGUUGCCGUGCAGUUCAUUCCCGCUGGCCUCUUGGUGCUCUGCAUGAUCCCCAUGAUUGAGUCACCGCGAUGGUUGGUGUCUAAAGGCAGAAACUCAAAGGCACAAAAGGCUCUAGCCUGGGUGAGGCAUUUACCCGAAGACCAUCCUUAUGUUAUCAAGGAAAUGUCUAUGAUUGACGUUGCCGUGAAUCACGAGCUGGAGUCAACACAUUCAGGCCGCAACUGGAAGCAAAUCGUCAAGGAGCUCCUCCAGAGAGGUGUUCGAGGAAGAGUCGUGCUAGGUUGCGGCUUAGUGUUCUUCCAGAACUUCACGGGUAUUAACGCCAUCAACUACUACUCGCCGACCAUCUUCAGCUCCAUCGGGUACACUGGUACAUCCAAUGGCUUGCUUGCAACAGGCAUCUUUGGUCUCGUCAAGAUGGUCGCUACAAUUCUCUACGCCGGUUUGCUCGUCGACAAAGCCGGCCGCCGAAUCCUUCUGCUUGUUGGUGGCGUUGGCUCAGGGGUGGCAAUGUUCUACCUAGCCGGCUACAGUAAAGUCAGCGGAUCAUUUGAUCACACACCACCUCGUGAUUCGGGGGCCAAUGCUGCGGUUGCCAUGAUUUACAUCUAUGCCUUAUUCUAUGGUCUCAGCUGGAACGGCAUUCCGUGGCUUUUCACCAGCGAGAUUUUGCCUACCAGAGUUCGCACAGCGGGGAUGGCUUUCUGCAUUUGCUUCCAGUGGCUAACUCAAUUUGUUGUUGUAUACUCGCUUCCGCACAUGGUUCUUGGGAUCAAGUAUGGGACAUUUUUGUUCUUCGGCUGCUGCACAGUCUUGGCAAUAUUGUUUGCAUGGUACUUCAUUCCAGAAACGAAGGGAGUUCAGCUAGAAGAUAUGGAUCUCUUGUUUGGGCCAGAUGUACCAGUGUUGGCACGCAAGGCUCGUAAAAACUACAAGGAGGCCAAGAACGCUAUGGUUGUGGUGUCAGAGGGAAAGCAGGAUGUGGAUGUCGAGUUCAAAGAGACAGUCUGA